UAGGUGACAUUCUUAUCUUGACCUCAAAAUUACGUAGGAUAUAAAUAAGCGCUCAUAAAUUUUGAGCCAGUAAACUUUGAAUUCUUUAUCUGAGUCCGUAAAAAUGAAGCUAUUGAUAUUAAGCGGUCUUUUUAUCGCCGAGGUAACAAGUCUCCUCGUAGAUUCAAACACUCCAGUCCAUUUGCUGAAAACUACCAACACUGGUCUAAUAAAAGACACCAAACUUGGCCUGUUUGAUAGACGCACAAUUUCAAAAUUUUUGAAUUCCUAUCAAACUCUACCGUCCAAUUCUAUUGAAGAGCCCGCUGAAAUAAGCAAUUACUGUAAUGUGAAGUACAACCGAGUGGGUAAAAUUCUCAGUCAAGUUAAUAGUGAGCUUUCGGAAGAAGAAGAUAGUUUUGGAAUUUGGGAAACUUUAGAAAGCUGGUUAGGUUAUGAACCCACCGAAAGACCAGUCAGACAACACACUCCUACGCCAGAUGUUAUUUACCCAGAAAUUUUAGUUAUAGUUGAUUACGAGAUAUACGCUUCUUUUGACACUCUAAAUGAACUAAUCAGUCGAUUGUAUACUUUUUGGGAGGGCGUGGAUCAACUUUAUGCGCCCUUAACCAAUCCCCAAUUCAAGCUGAGCAUUGCUGGUGUUUUGGUUGCAACAGAUCCAGAUGUAUUUGAAUUUUUAAGAACAUCUUCAAGAUUCUUGUUCUGGUCCAGCGGUAUAGAUUACGAAGACACUAAAUAUAGCAUGGAUUCUUGGUUAUACAGAUACCGAUCCACAUUUUCGCCAGAUGACUACGAUGUUUUCAUAAUAAUAACUCCUUCAAAAGACAGUACGCUGUUUUCAUCAACGAUUGGACUGGCUACACUUGGAGGAGCUUGCAAUAUAGACGAUUGGUCUCAAAAAAUAUCUCGAGGAGGGUUAAUCUACGAAACUCCUAAUUUUAAGGACACUUUGACGGCAGCGCAUGAAUUGGGACACUUAUUCGGUUUGCGUCAUGAUGAGAGUGUUGGAUGUGGAAAUAACAAUAUAAUGGCUGCAAUCAACAAAAGAUACAACACCGAGUGGUCCAGUUGUUCUCAGGAAGAUUUGCGACGGUAUUUAAGUAAUUACGAGCCUACAUGCCUGUACAACAAACCGAAAAGUUUAAAAAUGUAAUAUUUAAUAGAGAAAAUUGUACAUAU